GUUGGUCUGCGCGCCAGAAAGCGGCGCGGGUGUGCGGUUAUCGGCCCUAGCGCCCAGGGGGAGAGAGCGCCUCUCCCUGCCAGCCCCCGCCCUGCCAUCGGGGGGCGGGGUGGGAUGUGUGUGUGUUUGGCUGUGGUGGCUGUGGUGACAGUGGGCCAGGAAACCGACUUUUCUCCGAGAAGUACGUCAAGCAUUUGGCAAAUACUCAAAAAUUCUCUAUACAAACCGUGUAAUACGAGCGUGUAAUCCAGCCGAGUAUAUAAUGGACGUUAUGUGGAUAUGUGUGUCUCUCCCCCCACAUAUAUGAAGACCUAUCUAUCCCUUAUAUAAAAGCUCAUUUAUCUUCUACAAUAAUCUGGCAAAGAUGAAUGCCUGUGAUCAGAGGAACCAACGUCAUGAUUUGAUCAGUCUCCUCUGGCAAAAGAAGGGAAAUGUGUAGCCUUCAUAAGUGCUUCCUUUUAAUCAUUUAAGGGCUUUACUUCUGUUAUCUUGUCUCACGCUGACAGUAAAACUGGUUAAAUCGAGGCGGGAGCCUUUUGGAGAGAUCAGAUUUAUCGGUCAAUAAUUGAGGCUCCUGUACUUUAUUUCUAAACACUCUUAAAAUAUUUUACUAAUGGUUAAAAAUUAAACCCAAAUCUAACAACUGGCAUUCAAAAGAAUCUCAGCCAGAGGAAUUUGUCUACAAAGGGACAGAAAAUUCCAUCAUGCGACUGGUCCCAGUUUUCUUGGUUUUCUUGUCUCUCUCUUGUUUUUGUGGAUCAGAGAAUGCAGCCUCUAAUGCUGAAGAAAACCAGUUUCAGCAGGUUGAGCCUGCCCAGGCAGCUGAGCAAGACACAUUCCUCAUUGGAGAAUGCUUAAGCAACCAAUACACACACAAGUCCUGUGAGAAAGUUUUUUGUCACCCAUGGGAACGAUGUGUGGAGGGAAAAUGCCUUUGUAAGCUCCCCUACCAGUGCCCAAAGAAUGGCACUUCAGUUUGUUCCACCAAUGGAAAGUACUUCCAAACCUACUGUCACCUAAAGAGCUACCAGUGUCAACGUCCUGAAGCAAAGUUUCUGCACAAAGGAAGAUGCACGUCUGAAGGAACAUUUUCAAUCUCUGUGGACCAUGGAGAUUCAAAUUUGCUUCGAGUAAAACCUGUGAAUCAAAAGAACGACUUUUUUGUAUGUGAUAGCAAGUGGACUAUGAAUGAAGCAAAUGUGGCUUGCAGGCACCUUGGCUUUGAAUUAGGUGCUGAAUAUUACCAAGACAAUUCCAGCAUCACAGAAUCUGCCUUAAAUUCAUUGCACUGUCUACAAAUAACUUGCAGGGGCCUAGAGACAAGUCUUGCUGAAUGUCACAUAGAGAUGAAAUCAAGAGAUAUUAAUGAGGAAUUUGUUAGCCUCCAGUGCCAAGAAAAUCUCAGAGCUUGUUCAGAUGGUGAGUUUCAUUGUGUCAACAAGAAGUGCAUUUCUCUGAAUAAAACCUGUGAUGGAAUCAAUGACUGUGGAGACCUAAGUGAUGAACUGUGCUGUAGAGAGUGCAGAGACAACAGUUUCCACUGUCGGUCAAAUAUCUGUAUUCCAAAUAAGAAUGUCUGUAACAAAGAAAUUGACUGCCUCACAGGAGAGGAUGAAGCUCGAGUUCUCUGUGCAGGCAAAAACAAAGAUGAUGAAAAUCACAGUAUGGAUGAAGAAAGAAAGAAGAUAAAGACACUUCUUCCCCAACUACACUGUGGUCUUACAAAUCACACAUUAACUCGACGGAAAAGAAUCAUAGGUGGAGAGGUUGCAAGAAAGGGUGAAUUCCCUUGGCAAGUGGCAAUUAAAGAUACUGGCAGUGAAGCUACGACGGUGUACUGUGGCGGGGUUUAUAUUGGUGGCUGUUGGGUUCUGACUGCUGCACACUGUGUCAGGGCAAAUCGAGUUCAUCUGUACCGUGUCUGGAUUGGAAUGUUGGAUACAAUACAGUACAACAGAGAGACAGAUACUUUCAGGCUAAAACAACUGAUAAUCCAUGAAAAUUAUAAUGCAUCAACUUAUGAAAAUGACAUUGCUCUGCUGGAGCUGAGAGGUUCUGGGAAAGGAGAAUGCUUCUUGAAAGACAGCACACCUGCCUGUAUCCCCUGGUCAAAGUAUAUGUUCAAGACCGGAGACACAUGCAAGGUUUCUGGAUGGGGACUAGAGAAAGGUUAUACGAAACAAUUUAUCCUCAAGUGGGGCAAUGUUAAUUUAUUUCAGAAUUGUUCCAAAUUGUAUCCAGGACGAUUUUUUAAACAAAUGGCAUGUGCAGGUACUUACGAUGGCUCCAUAGACAGUUGCAAAGGUGAUUCAGGAGGACCCUUGGUCUGUUUUGAUGCAGAAAAUGUGGCGUAUGUCUGGGGUAUUGUGAGUUGGGGUCAGAACUGCGGGGAGGCUGGUCACCCUGGGGUGUAUACAAAAGUCGCCAGCUAUUAUGAUUGGAUUAGCCAUCAUGUGACGAGGAGCCUCAUUUCACGGUAUAAUAUCUGAGGAUCGGAAAAUUAAAUACUUCCUUCUUAUCACCCAUGCAAAAAUGAACACUAGUCCUUUUUUACAAUCAGCAGCUGUGUAACUUAGCAACAAGUAGUACAAAUCUUUAAAGAAUACAUUUUGAAAAUCCUUAAUGCUC